AUGAACACAUCAGACUUCCACUACAACUCUGGGAGCUGUCACCUCCAGAAGUUCUCCGAUGAUACAGCCAUUGUCUGCUGUGUAUCUGAGGGGGACCAGUGGGAGUACAGGACUGUCAUCUUUGUUGACUGGUGUGAGCGAAACCAUCUUCAGCUCUAUGCCAGUAAGAUGAAGGAGAUGGUCAUCGACUUCUGCAGGAGGAAGACACCUCAGACUGUGCUGGUGAACUUCCAGGGUUUGGACAUUGAGAUGGGAGCGACUGCUGAUGGAGAUCAGAGGAAUGAGUCUCUGAGCGUCACCGACAUCAUUGCAAAAGUCAACGAAAACAUACAAUCGCCGCUGCUGCAGGAUGAUAUCAUGACAUCUUCUGACAGGAAUGCAGAUCCAUGCACAGCCACAGGCUGCAAGUGGAGGAAAACCUCCAGCUACGUUUAUGUUCCUGUUGUCAUCUCCUCUUCAUACAGUCAGUCUCAACGUAACACCAUCAUCAGGGCCCUGCUGACCUUCCACAAGUCCACCUGCAUCCGCUUCAUCUGGAGGAAGUCGCAUCGUGACUAUCUCUACUUCUACUCUGGAAAUGGGUGCUGGUCCUACCUGGGCCGUCAGGGUGGAGGACAGAGAGUGUCCCUAAAGAGGAACGGAUGUUUAUCCACAGGAACCAUCCAGCAUGAGGCUCUCCAUGCUCUCGGCUUCCACCACGAACAGGUCCGAUCCGACAGAGACCAAUACAUCCGGAUCCUCUCUGAGAACAUCAUUUCAGGAACAGAACGCAACUUCCGCAAGGUGGUGACCAACAACCUGGAGACUUCCUACGACUUCAACUCUGUCAUGCAUUACAGCAAGUACGCCUUCUCCAAAAACGGCCGGCCCACCAUCAUCGCCAGGUCUGAUCCAAACAAGAGCUUCGGUCGGGCUUUAUCCAUGAACGCCAACGACAUCCGACGUGUCAACAGGCUUUACAGAUGCUGUGAGUACAAAAACAAACAACCCUGAAUGAAAUCAUACUGUAGGAAUGCAUAAGAACACAGUGAACACUUCACACUGCUCAUUGGGUUUGCUUUUCUUUUUCCAAAACCAGAAUCACAACAGCCAGAAAGAGUCAACCUGAAAAUACUUCAACCUUGUUCUGUUGCAGUGGAAGAAAAUCACCUCAGAACAACAGAAAAGCUGCUGCAUUCUCAUUUAGACUGUAUGUGAUUCAGAAAUGUGAAGUUCUGCCUCACUUACAGGUUAGUUUCUGUUGAAUUUGGUGUUAUUUUUGUUUAAAAAUGAUAAGAUAGAUGAAAAUACUGUAUUGACCUGGAAUUACGAUCUGAAAAAAACCCAACAACUUUUAUCAGGAUCUACCUCAAUGAAGGGGCAGAAAUUUGUCUGUUUAGUUCAUAAAACUGCAGCCAGACUUGAAGGUUCAACAUGUUUCUGCAAGGUGUGUUCUUUUGUUA